CGACUCGUUGCUUUAGUGCCGAUGCCAAAUGACACACCGUUCCACACCCGCCGGGCCUACACCAGUGAGGAUGAAGCCUGGAAAUCCUACCUUGAAAAUCCCCUGACAGCUGCCACCAAGGCGAUGAUGAGCAUCAAUGGAGACGAGGACAGUGCUGCUGCUUUGGGCUUGCUCUAUGAUUAUUACAAGGUUCCUCGAGAUAAAAGGUUGCUCACUGUUUGCAAAGCUAGUGACAGUCAAGAAGAUCAAGAUAAAAGAAACUGCCUUGGGACUAAUGAAGCCCAGAGCAACCUGAGUGGAGGAGAAAACCGAGUACAGGUCUUAAAGACUGUUCCAGUUAACCUUUCUUUGAACCAAGAUCACCUGGAGACCUUAAAAAGGGAACAAUACAGUGCAAAUGUGUCUGAGGGUUCAGCAGGCUGUGUGGCAGGAGUCGUUGUGGUGAAGGCUGAAGAGUUUACCCCCGUCUUCAUGGCCCCAUCUGUGCACUAUCCCAGAGGAGAAAGCGAGGAAUCCCGCAGCGUCAUCUUUGAGCAGAAUCAGUAUGAAGUACCCAGCAUGGCUCCCCACGCCAACUAUCUCAAGGAUGACCAGAGAAGCACACCCGACAGCACUUACAGUGAGACUUUCAAAGAUGGCGCCACGGAGAAAUAUCGAAGUGCUUCAGUGGGGGCUGAAGAAUACAUUUAUGAACAAACAGCAAGAAGUAAUUUCUAUCAUCCUUUGACUUGACAGAGUGUGGUGAUGGUUGUUUUCAGUGAAGAUAAAAAUCGAGACGAGCAGUUGAAGUACUGGAAGUAUUGGCACUCUCGACAACAUACAGCUAAGCAAAGGGUACUUGACAUUGCAGACUACAAGGAAAGUUUUAAUACAAUUGGAAACAUUGAAGAAAUUGCGUACAAUGCUGUUUCUUUCACCUGGGAUGUCAACGAAGAGGCAAAAAUUUUCAUCACUGUGAAUUGCCUAAGUACAGAUUUCUCCUCCCAGAAAGGGGUAAAAGGGCUUCCUUUGAUGAUUCAGAUUGACACGUACAGUUACAACAACCGAAGCAAUAAACCCAUUCACAGAGCUUACUGCCAGAUCAAGGUCUUCUGUGACAAGGGAGCAGAAAGAAAAAUCCGUGAUGAAGAGAGGAAGCAGAACCGAAAGAAAGGAAAAGGUCAAGCAGCACAGACCCAGUGCAACAACUCCACUGAUGGGAAGUUGACAGCAAUACCCUUACAGAAAAAGAGUGAUAUCACCUACUUCAAGACAAUGACUGAUUUGGAUUCUCAGCCUGUUUUAUUCAUACCAGAUGUUCACUUUGGAAAUUUACAGAGGACUGGACAGGCAUAUUACAACACCGAUGACGAGCGAGAAGGAAGUAUAUCGCUGUGGGAAGAUGGACACUGUCCUUGGUGUUUGCUCAUGGGAUCCAGAGAUUUAGAAGUGAAGGGACCUUUUAGAAAUCAUCUGAUGCAACCCACACACUUUACAGAUGAAAAUAUUGAGUCCCAAAGAGUGCUUUUGUACGUGAGGAAAGAGACCGAUGAUGUGUUUGAUGCUUUGAUGUUAAAAUCGCCCACAGUAAAAGGACUAAUGGAAGCGAUAUCUGAGAAAUAUGGGUUGCCGGUGGAGAAGAUUGCAAAACUUUAUAAGAAGAGCAAAAAAGGUAUCUUGGUGAAUAUGGAUGAUAACAUCAUUGAGCACUACUCCAAUGAGGACACUUUCAUCCUUAACAUGGAGAGCAUGGUGGACGGCUUCAAGAUCACUCUGAUGGAAAUCUGACUGACCCUGCAAGUCCCCUCUGCAGGAACCGUCACUUCAUUUCAUCCCCAGAGAAAAGCAAGCCCUACCCCACUCCUAAGAACCCUGCAGACCCAUGUCACCCAUCUGAGAAAUGCUGUUACAAGACUGCUUUGGGGAGGGGAAACAAAGGA